AACAGUUUUAGUGACUAAUUUUUUUUAUAAUUGAAAAAAAAUCAAUCAUAAAUACAAAUUUUAUUUAAGUAAAGUUAAUCUAUUAUUUACUGUUAUCUUUAAUUUUCGUUUGAAUUUUAUAUUCAUUCCAAUAGUUUUUGUGCUUAAACAGUAUGAGCAUUAUUGAAAGCGUCGCUAAAGAAAAAGGACCGAGGGUGCAACUUAACAAAUCGUUAAGUAAUACAGCACAGUGGGUUAAAUUGAAUGUGGGAGGCACUUGUUUUUUGACCACAAAAACAACAUUGUGUCGAGAUCCGAAUUCAUUUUUAUGCAGACUGUGUUCAGAGGAAUCUGAUCUUAUUUCUGAUAUGGUUAGUUUAAAAAAUUAUACAUUUAUGAAUUUAUAUUUCAUAAAUUCCAAACUACUUAUAUAUUUAUUUUAUGUUUUAUUCCUUAAAGUGGAAUACAUUUUAAGAAUAUGUUUGUAGAUUUGUAAAAGAGUUUAUAUGAUUUUUAGGACGAAACUGGGGCAUACAUGAUUGAUCGUGAUCCUUCAUACUUCAGUCCUAUUUUAAAUUACCUUCGUCAUGGAAAAUUGGUUUUGAAUAAAAAUCUUGCGGAAGAAGGUAUGCUAGAGUACAUAAUAAUAUAAUUCCUAUAAUUACUAAAAUAUUUUUUAAAAAAAAUGAUUAUAUUUCAUUAGGUGUAUUAGAAGAAGCCGAAUUUUAUAAUAUAACCGAAUUAAUAAACCUAGUUAAAGAAAGGAUAUUACAGAGAGAUAAAAAACUUUGUUCUGAACAAGUAAAAAAACAUACAUAUAGAGUGUUACAAUGUCAUGAAGAUGAACUUACGUGGAUGAUAUCAACAAUGUCAGACGAAUGGAAGUUUGAACAAGUAAUAUUUCUUGAACAUUAUUUUGAUUUUUAAGAUUUGAAUUAAUUUAUAAACUGCCUGUUUUCAGUUAGUAAACAUUGGAUCCAAAUACAAUUAUGGGAAUUAUGAUCAAGCAGAAUUCUUAUGUGUGGUUUCCAGAGAAGAAGGAAUUGCUGACUCUCCAAAAACAGAGUCGACAGACAAAGCUAAGGUAUUUUUAAUAAUGAAUAUAUAUUCGGUAGCAUUUUUUUAAUUUCUCAUUUUUAUUUUUCUAUUUCCCCAUACAUUUUUUAUGGCAAGUCAAAUUAAAUUUUCAAUGUGAAGUGUUGAAAAAUUAACCAAUGUUUUCUACUAAUCUCAAUCAUAUUGUAAAAUAUUUGAUUUCUUUAUCAUAGUUCUCACAUAGUAUAAAUUCUUCACUUUUUUCAGUGUGCCACAAAUAUAUAUUUUGAAUUUUAUUUCAAUGAACUAGAAUAUUUUAGAUUCCGAGUCUAGCGAAGAAUGUAUUAGUUUUACAAUGAUGUUUAUUUUUUUUUCUAUAAAGAACUUUUCUAUUAGCAGUUUUGCUCCAAUUAGCAGCACUUUUUGUAAAAGGAACCCUGACUAGGAUGAUCAAUUUUUGAUAUUCUCAGGAGUUUUCCCAAUAAAUAAGAAAACCAUGAUAAAAAAUGGGAAAAUAGAUACCGUAUUAAAUAUUAUUAAAGAAAAUAUUCUGCACAGAAUCGUUUUUUGUUAGUAAUGGUUUAUCAUUGCAUACAGAUAUACAUUAAAUUUCCCUCUUACCUUCCCAACUUCUGACAUACAACAGUGGCCCAUCCACUUGAAAAGUAUGUCAGUAUUUUUUAGAUUAAUUUUUUAAUAACAAAUUGUUUUCAUAUUAUUUAGUUUAGUAAAUAUCAACCUAACCAUAAUUUCUAUGUUCUAAUUUAUCAACUUAUUUGUGUUUUAUCUCUUUGAUUUUUUUUGGCUUAAGUUUUAUAAUAUGGAAACAAAAUUAUUUUUUUCGCCCCAAUAAUACAUAUUACAACCUAAAACUUAUACCACUCUAAUAAUUUAUUUCAUUGUAUUUUUAUAAACUAAUAGUAUCUUAAAUAAAGAUACUCAAUGGCAAUUUAAAAAACUAAAAAACUAAUAAUUCAAAAAGUAAUCUUAAAAUUAUGUUAAAUAAUAAAGCAGCCAAAAAUAACAUAUUUUUGUUGUCAUAGAAUUUUGGAGUACUAUUUAACUUGAAAUACUUAUGUAGCUAAUUUAUAUUUAUUUUAUUUGUAGGAGUUACAACAAAGAGCAUCGCGUAUGUGAUAUAUACAGUCAACUAAAUCUAUGAUCAUGCGAGUAUGUACAUUCUUUAAAACAAUAUAUUCUGUAACCAAAGAUCUAUAUAUCAAAUCUGUUUUCCGGUUUAGAUCUAAACAUCAAAAUGCUAGAUCUUAGCGUGAUGGCUGUUUUGUUAUUGUAUAUUUUCAAUAUGCACGCAUGUCAAUUUAUUUCUAAUUAAUGAAAUUAAUUUUACAACAACAUAUAAAACGGCCAGGAAACUUUAAACCAUGCACAUAAAUUCACAUUCAUAAUUCAUAUAUUUACAUAAUAACCUAAUUACCCAAUUUUAAUGUACACACAUUUUUCAAUUCACAUUAUCUUCCAAAAUUUACAUACAUUUUACAUGGAACAAAUAAAAUAUAUUAUUUAUACUUUUAUGGUAUGACCAACUUUAAAAAUUGAACAGCAUCCUCAAAUAAAUUCAGAAGCCAUUGAAAUACAUACAUUAUAUAAUUCAAUUUUUCAGACUUUGAAGUUAGAGUAAAUUUUUCAAUUUUUUUUUUUUUAUCAAUAUAUAUGAAUAAUUAUAAUAGUCUUACAAUUAUUAUAUUACAUAAAUUUAAGGGUCUUAUACAGUAUGACAACAUCAAGUAACUGAAAUAUUUAAUAUAAUGAUAAGUUAGAAUAUAGAAAAAAAAAUGUUCACAACAUAUUUAUUAUUUAAUUCCCUUAACUACAAUUUUUGUAUGAUCUUGAUAGAACUGAGUCUGUGAACAACAUAAUAUUUAGGAUUAAUGUUAAAAGUCACAAUACAACUAUAUUUUUCACAUGAACACAUUGUUCUAAAGAAAUUUAUUUUUACAAUCAUUUUUUACUUUUUAGAGGGUACUUAAAUUUUAUCAUGUAUUUUAUGUAAAAUGGACCAUUUGAUUAGUGUUAUUAAAUUCAUAUUAGAUUUAAAUAUUUCAAAUUUACAAAUUGUAUUGAACAUAUUGAAUAAGUUAAAAUGAAGUUUAAUGAAAUUAUCUUUAGGAGUAUUUUAUUUUAUUUACUCAAUGGUUAUGUAAUUUAGAAACUAAAUCCUAAAAUAUUCAUGAAAGUUGUUUUUAUAAUUUAUUUUUAUCUGUUUUUUAUAAUCUUUUAUAGUAUAAAAUUUCUUUCUACUCAUGAUAUAUGAAUUUGUUAAAAUAUAAUUAAAUUAGAAUAAGUAUAUUGUUAAUACAUUUUUGUCACCAAUUUGUACUAUUGUCCUUUAAUGCGCGAUCAUGUGUUCAUAUUUAUAAAUCUAUAACAAAGUAUAUUUAAAUUAUUUAUUUCAAUAAAAAUAAUCUAUUUGUUAAAAGAAUAUUUUGUCCAGCAUUAUUUUAUUAUUCAUGGUUCUAAAUUACAAAAAAAAAAAAAUUGUUCUUCCUAUGGAUAUUUUAUAAAUUAUUAUUGAAUGUAUACCUUCUGUUCCUAUUUUAAGUUAUUAGCAUUAUAUAGUAAUUUUUACUUUUUAACAUUGAUAAAAAAUUCUUGAUUUCAUAAAAUAAAAUAAACUAACAAUGCACUAAUUGAAUUUUAUUUAACAACAUUUUGAUUCUUAUGAACGAUUAACUAGUUAUCACUUAAUUUGUACCAGUUUAUUAGUAUACAUAGUUAAUAAUUAUCAUUUAUAUAUUUAUAAUCAACGACAAUACUUACUAUAAUUGGCUUAUGAAUAAUUAAGUUAUUAUUGUAAUGUGAUAAUGCAUAUAUGUUAAGCAUUUAGGCUUAAGAUAUGUUUUCAAUUAAAAAAUGUUAUUUCAAAUUUUUGUUUAAUGGAUUGUUAAUUUGUUCUUGGAUUUUCACUAUUUUUAAAAAUUAUUUAAUUUUAGAUUUUGAUAAAUAAAUGUUAUGUUGAAAAAAAAAAAAUUAUAAAUGUAUGGAUAUUUCUGGCACCUAAAGUAAGGUAACCAUUUAAAAAAAAAAAAAAACUGCACAAACAAUUUAAGGUUUAUUCUGAAAAACAAAAGAUCUCCACACUUUUUGCAAUUUCUAUAUUUUACAGUAAAAUUUAAUAAUUUUUAAGUAGUUUAAUUAUUUUAUUAAAAUAUUUGUUGGUAUUCCAUUUUAUUAUAACUUU